AUGGAUAUAGUGGAGGGGGGCAUUGGCCACUGUGGCCAGGAGGAAGGAGAAGCAAGUGGGAGAAGCAAGAGGAAGCAAAGAGAGCCUAGAAUGUUAAAGGCAGUAUGUCCUGGGAGGAAGAAUAAGUACGCUGAUAGCUUUCGUGCAGAGGAGAAUACAGUACUGGUAAACAAGCGUUGCCAGUACUACCAAUGUAUGUUUGGGGGAGCAGCCAAAAAGACUUCAAGAGCAAAAAAGGACAAUCGGUGGAGGAAGAUUGUGGCAGCGGUGAAUGCUGUUGGAGGGAACAACCGCACCCAGGAGGUGGUGAAGAAACUUUACUACGACAUCAGGCGGAUGGUGAAGAGGAAGGUGAAGGCAGCAGCCGCCUCCAGGAAGACAGGAGGCAGUUCACAAGAACCGGACCUGCUGCCCUACGAAGAGGAGCUCCUGCAGUUCGUGGGAAGAGACAACCUCCUUGGGAUUGAGGGGACAUCUGGCGCUGAAACAUCUGAAGUGCAAGCCCCUCAAUCCCCAGAAGAGGCACUAGGAACUGCAGGAGAUGCUGUCUGCAUGGAGAGCAGGGCAGCAGGUUCACCUCCUGUCUCCCUGGAAAUGCGCCUGGCUUCACUUUCCUCUCACCAUUCGCAACUUGUCAACGUUUCUUCACCACGUAUGAGUGUGGUUUCCCUCCAACAGCCGGCCACUGGUGUCCAGGAACAGGGAUCCACUGCUGAGCGUUCUGAUGGUACUCUCCCCCUGCAAGAGGAGGGUACCAUUACCCUAACUGCAGUGGAUCCUGAUUCAGUGACAUCAGUGGCCGAAGAAAUGCAGUCGCCACAACUUCCUUCACCAUUGGCUGCGCUGUAUGCGACGAUCCAGGCUCGUCAAGCUGAACUGGAGACGUCCAUACAGCAGGAUAGGGAGAAUCAGCGAGAACUAUUGCAGAAUGUAAUAACCGAGGUACGCUCCAUGUCUAACGUUUUGAAUGAGGGCGUUAGGUAAUUUACAUCAGCAAUGGUUUCCUUGCAGCAAAAUAUGCAGCGCUUUAUGGAAAUGAGGGAGGAAGAGUGCAUUUUAAUGCGCGCGCAAGCUGACCAUAA